CCCGCCUCCCGCUCUUCCCGCGCCCUUCCUUCCGCCCCGGGCCUCCCCCGGGCCCGCCUCGGCCUCCAACCGGAAGCCUGAGCGCCGAGGGCCUCGAGCAGCGCGCACCCCGGGCCGGCCGCCCGCCGCGCUCCCUCCGCCUCCCGACCGGGCCUCCAGGAUCAUGUGGUACGUCAGCACUAGGGGGAUGGCCCCCCGGGUCGACUUUGAGGGGGCCCUCUUCUCUGGCUAUGCUCCUGAUGGGGGCCUCUUCAUGCCUGAGGAGCUCCCACAGCUGAGCAGAGAGACCCUGCAUGAGUGGAGCACGCUGUCCUACCCCAGCCUGGUGAAGGAGUUGUGCGUCCUCUUCAUUGGCUCUGAGCUCAUUCCCAGGGAUGACUUAAAUUGUCUGAUAGACCAAGCCUUCAGCAGAUUCCGCCACAGAGAGGUGGUCCAUCUGUCCAGGUUGAAGGAUGGGCUGAACGUGUUGGAGCUGUGGCAUGGGGUCACGUAUGCAUUUAAGGACCUGGCCCUGAGCUGCACAGCACAAUUCCUGCAGUACUUCCUGCAGAGGAGGAAGCAGCAUGUCACCGUGGUUGUAGGAACUUCUGGGGACACAGGGAGUGCUGCCAUUGAGAGUGUUCAAGGGACAGAGAAUGUGGGCAUCAUUGUUCUGCUGCCCAAGGGUCUCUGCACUAAGAUUCAGGAGCUGCAGAUGACGACAGUGCUGAAGGAGAACGUCCGUGUGUUUGGAGUGGAGGGCAACAGCGAUGAGCUUGACAAACCCAUCAAGGCUGUGUUUGCCGACGUGGCUUUUGUCAAGAAGUACAAUCUGAUGAGUCUGAAUUCAAUCAACUGGGCCCGGAUCCUUGUGCAAAUGGCCCACCACUUCUUCGCUUAUUUCCAGUGUGCGCCAUCCUUAGAGAUGCAUUCCCUGCCCCCUGUGGAGGUAGUUGUGCCAACCGGGGCUGCGGGUAACCUUGCAGCUGGGUGCAUUGCUCAGAGGAUGGGCCUGCCCAUCUACCUGGUCAUGGCAGUGAACAGCAAUGACAUCCUCCACAGGACCAUCCAAUGGGGAGACUUCUCUCUGUCCGAGGCUGUCAAAACAACCUGGGCCUCAGCUAUGGACAUUCAGGUGCCCUACAACAUGGAGAGGAUCUUCUGGCUGCUCUCCGGCUCCAAUAGCCAGGUGACGAGAGCCCUCAUGGAGCAGUUUGAAAGGACUCAAAGCCUGAGCCUACCCACGGAGCUGCACAGGAAGCUUUCAGGGGCAGUGGCGUCUGUGUCCGUCUCGGAUGAGACCAUCACCCAGACCAUGGCCCGCUGCUGGGCAGAGAAUCGGUACUUGCUGUGCCCUCACUCGGCCGUGGCUGUGAGUUACCAUUACCAGCAGACAGACAGACAGCAGCCCAGCCCUCCCCGAUGCUGUCUGGCCCCUGCUUCUGCAGCCAAGUUCCCAGAAGCUGUCCUGGCUGCCGGGCUGACCCCAGAGACUCCUGCAGAGAUCCUGGCUCUGGAGCACAAAGAGACCCGCUGUACCCCGAUGCGGAAGGGUGACGACUGGACAUGGAUGCUUCGGGACGCGAUCCAAGACCUAAGCCAGCAGUGGAGGGGUCACUUCCCUAAAGCCCUGGCAUAGCCAGGUUGGAAGGGCUUCCUUUAGGCUGCGGGCCCCAGGGAGCUGCCCUGUGCACCUUCUCCCUGCUUUGAGUUGGUGCAGGAGGUUCUCAGGAGGCUGUGCAGUGGGGUCCAGAGCCAGCUGGCUUUACUCUGUCCCAUGGCUGCUCUGUGUUCUCACCAUGGUGGUGGUGUGCCUGGUCCUCAGGGAGGCUGGGGUGAACCCCCACUGCCGGUACAGGAGCACCACUGCUACAGUGGAAGUGUCAGGGUCUGCAGAUGAAGAGGCUGGGCACAGAGUUGACCUCAGUUCCGCAGGUUAGGACCCCCGAACCCUGUGCAGUGGGGGCUGCUUACUCCAUCAGCACAUGUCUGGGACUCAUGAUCUCCAAGCAUUAGUUUGUCUGAUCCCCAAACCAGAUCCAGAGAUCUUGGCCUUCACUGUGAGAGGCUUCCACCCUGUUGAAAGGUUUGGAAUUCCUGGAAUAAAAGUGCAUGUUCAGUGUGA